AACUUCGACCUCCAAGUACCGGAAACACUGACCCUUGAUUCAGCUUGCCCGCCAUUUUAAACAGCGAUACGAACGAUCAAUUCUUUCCACCUAUUUUGAGGUCAGUUCAACGUUUUAUCAUUCUCCUACGCAAAGGCCCCAACACUGGUAAGACCUUUGUCUCGUGUUGUCUGGUUUUCAUUUAUGCAAACCAUCACAAUCGGAGUAUUUCCAUUUGUUUCGUUGUCAAGUACAACCUGCCGAACCGGUUUUACCCCCUCCCCAUCAAGCCACUAUAUAAGUGUGUUAGACUUACUGACCACUCUGUCAGUAUCGACUCUGCAGUCGUGAGGAUCUGUGUCGCCGUGACAACAUCGCCCAGUACUUAUGAGCAUCAGCAUACCUCGCAGGAUCUGUAAUUUGACCAACAUGGCGACUAGAGCCGCUUCUCAUCUUACACAAGGGAAGGAAGAGGAUGGACAAGAUUCUCCCCGUACUCACAAGUGCAGCUAUUGCGACAAGGAGUUUCGCUUCAAAAGUAAGCUCAACGAACACCUGCGAACUCACACUGGUGAGAGACCAUACCAGUGUAAUGAAUGCGGAAAACGGUUUAGUCAGCUAGCUCAUCUGAAGGGCCACAUGCGAACCCACACUGGUGAGAGAUCAUACAGUUGUGAGGCAUGCAGCAAACAAUUCCGUCAGCUGGGUCAUCUAAGGAUACACAUGAGGAGGACUCAUACUGGUGAGAAACCGUACCGAUGUGAGGAGUGCAGCAGGCAGUUCAGUAGUUUGAGCGAGCUGAAGUUACAUAUCCGAACUCACACUGGUGAAAAACCGUACAAGUGUCAACAUUGCAACAAAUGCUUCAGUCAGUCAACUCAUCUAAAGACCCACAUGCGGACUCACACAGGGGAAAAUCCCUACAGAUGUGAGGAGUGCGGCAUGCAGUUCUCUGAUCUGUCAAAUCUAAAGAGGCACUUGCGGACUCACACAGGUGAGAAGCCGCACAGGUGUGAGACAUGCUGCAAGCAGUUCAGUCAGCUGGGUACCCUGAAAAUACAUACGAGAACUCACACUGGUGAGAAACCGUAUAUCUGUGAGAAGUGCAGCAAGCAGUUCAGUGAUCUGUCUACUCUUAAAAGACACAUGCUGACUCACACAGGUGAGAAACCGUACAGGUGCGAGGAGUGCGGCAAGCAGUUUCGUGGCCUGAGUCAUCUCAAAAGACACAUGCGGACUCACACGGGUGAGAAACCGUACAGGUGUGAUGAGUGCCGCAGGCAGUUCAGUGAUGCGAGUCAUCUAAAAAGGCACAUUCGGACACACACUAGAAGUACAAGACUUAGUGUGAUGGGUGCAGCAUUUGUGAGGAUCUGUGUCGCCGUGACAACAUCGCCCAGUACUUUGGAGCAUCAGCAUACCUCGAGUUUGAUCGACAUGGCGACUAGAGCCGCUUCUCAUCUUACACAGGGGGAGGAAGAGGAUGGACAGGAUUCUCGCCGUACCCACAAGUGCAGCCAUUGCGACAAGGAGUUUCGAUCCGAAAGUAUGCUCAAUGAACACCUGCGAACCCACACUGGUGAGAGACCUUACCAAUGUGGUGAAUGUGGGAAGCGAUUUAGUCGGCAAUCUUAUCUGAAGGACCACAUGAGAACUCACACCGGUGAGAAACCGUACCGAUGUGAGGAGUGUAACAGGCAGUUUAGUGAUUUGGGCAAUCUGAAGGUACAUAUGCGAACUCACACCGGUGAAAAGUCGUACAAGUGUGAACAUUGCAACAAAAGCUUCAGUCGGUCAACUCAUCUGAAGAUUCACAUGCGGACUCACACAGGGGAAACCCCGUACAGAUGUGAGGAGUGCGGCAAGCAGUUCACUACGUUGACACAUUUAAAGAAGCACAUGCGAACUCACACGGGUGAGAAGCCGUACAGAUGCGAAGAGUGCAGCAAACAGUUCACUACGUUGUCAAAUCUAAAGAGGCACAUCCGUUCUCACACAGGUGAGAAACCAUAUAAGUGUGGGAAUUGCAGCAAGCGGUUUAGCGCUCUGUCUAGUCUAAAGAAGCACAUGCGGACUCACACUGGUGAAAAACCAUACACGUGUGAAGAGUGCAGCAAGCAGUUCAGUGAGCUGUCAAAUCUCAGUAGACACAUGCGGACUCACACUUGUGAAAAACCUUACAGAUGUGAGGAGUGCGGCAAGCAGUUCAAUGAUUCAGGUAAUCUGAAUACGCACAAACGCACUCACACGGGUGAGCAACCGUACACGUGUGAGGAGUGCAACAAGCAGUUCAACAUGCUGACAAACCUAAAGAGUCACAUCCGGACUCACACUGGUGAGAAGCCAUACAAGUGUGAGGAGUGUAGCAAGCAGUUUACACACUUGUCCACUUUAAAAAGACAUGUGCAGACUCACUCCGUUCAGAGACAUGUGUAAAAUAUGCUGUAAACUGUGAACUGUGUUAUGAUUACAUGACCCGUAGUGGAUUGGAACUUAGAAAAACGUUCAAAUUGAUACCAUCCUCUGGAAGAAGGCGACCCCUGUAGCUCCCGAUCUUCACACUUGCAGAAUGUACUUCUCGUUCACCCACGGUUUAUCAAUUAACUCAUUAACAGACGUCCACAACCUCCUAUAACAGGGAGUUCCAUGGCAGGGAGUUCCAAAAACGACUGUAAAUGCGUGAUACCGUAAAUAACUUUUUAACCUAACUAUGCCACAGUGACCACUAUCGUCGCAUGCAUGUAGUAGGUUAAAACUAGAAAUAUUGUAGAAAAAAAUAAAAACUACCGUGUGUUAUAUGAACAUUAGUAAUACUAAUAGUAAGACGGUAAGACAUCGUUCGCUUAAUGUAAAUAUGCCAUCUUUUAUAUGCCAUAGCACCUAGUUAAGCAUUUUUUUCUGUUUUAGUUACUGAAGUUUUUAUUGUCACUUGAUAAUUCACUAGUUGCUGUUAACACACCAGAUCCUUAACGCUUGGACUUGGCUAAAGAAGCAUGUUAGUUAGGGAAGUUGCUAAUUAUUGUUUCUGUUCGUGAUGUGCUGUAAACUACUAGAGUUUUCGUGCAUCUAAUUUACUCAAUAAACUAAGAUACGUAA